UGCAGUGUCUGCAGCUGGGUCCGGAGCUUGGAGAGCGUUAGCGGGGCCAGCCCGGAAGGGGGUUUCUUUUCCUGCCCAAUCUCCGCUCUCCGGCAGCCCCGGCUCUGUCUUUCCUCGCCCCACAGUUGUGCGCUUCCGGCCCCGGCUCCCGGUGUCAGUUUUUCUGGGUUCCUCGAGGAGUUGGGGCCAGGAGGUUCGGAGAUAGUGGCCGCUUCCCGGCGCGGGAGUAAGGGGCGCGCCCCUCUUCCGCUCUGCCAGUCCCGCGCCGGGCCCGCGCCUCCAUGGGCCCAAGCCAGAAGCCCAAUGUGUGCGGCCGGCUCAGUCGCCGGGCGCUGGGCUUUUUCUCGCGCGACGCGGGCAUGGUGCAGAGGACGAACCUGGGCAUCCUGCGGGCGCUGGUGUGCCAGGAAAGUACUAAAUUUAAGAAUGUUUGGACAACUCAUUCCAGAUCACCUAUAGCCUAUGAGAGAGGAAGAAUAUAUUUUAACAAUUAUCGGUGCUGUGUCAGCAGUGUUGCAUCAGAGCCACGAAAACUUUAUGAAAUGCCAAAAUGUUCCAAAUCAGAAAAAAUAGAAGAUGCUUUAUUAUGGGAAUGCCCAGUGGGAGAAAUGCUUCCCGAUCCAUCAGAUUAUAAAUCCUCACUCAUAGCACUGACUGCUCAUAAUUGGCUACUUCGUAUAUCAGCAACUACGGGAAAAGUCCUUGAGAAAAUAUAUCUUGCUUCAUAUUGCAAAUUCAGAUACUUGAGCUGGGACACUCCUCAGGAAGUCAUUGCUGUCAAGUCAGCUCAGAACAAAUGUUCAACACUGGCCCGACAGGCAGGCAUUCAACAGCCUGUUUUGCUGUACCUUGCAGUGUUCCAUGUGCUACCUUUUUCACUCAUAGGGAUUCUGGAGAUCAACAAAAAGAUUUUCGGGAACAUCACAGAUGCCACCUUGUCUCAUGGAAUACUGAUUGUGAUGUACAGCUCGGGACUGGUCAGACUUUAUAGCUUCCAAGCCAUCACCAAGCAGUUCAUGCAACAGAAACUUGACUUAGGGUGUGCAUGCAGAUGGGGUGGGACUACUGGAACUGUAGGAGAGGCUCCCUUUGGCAUUCCUUGUAAUAUUAAAAUCACAGAUACACCGCCACUGCUCUUUGAGGUGUCCUCGCUGGAGAAUGCUUUUCAGAUUGGAGGCCAUCCUUGGCACUACAUCAUUACACCCAAUAAGAAGAAACAGAAAGGAGUUUUCCAUAUUUGUGCCCUAAAGGACAAUUCCUUGGCAAAAAAUGGGAUCCAAGAAAUGGAAUGUUGUUCUUUAGAAUCUGAUUGGAUCUACUUCCAUCCUGAUGCUUCUGGCAGAAUAAUACAUGUUGGCCCAAAUCAGGUCAAAGUUUUAAAGCUAAGUGAAGUAGAAAAUAAUAGUGCCCAGCAUCAGAUCUCUGAAGAUUUUGUCAUUUUGGCCAACAGAGAGAAGAACAAAAAUGAAAACCUACCCACUGUUACAGCUUCUGGACGAGUGGUAAAAAGAAAUUUUAGCAUUCUGGAUGAUGACCCAGAACAAGAGACUUUCAAAAUUGUCGACUAUGAAGAUGAGUUGGAUUUGCUUUCUGUCGUAGCUGUUACUCAAAUAGAUGCUGAAGGAAAAGCUCACCUGGAUUUCCACUGUAAUGAAUAUGGAACUUUACUUAAAAGUAUUCCACUCGUGGAGUCAUGGGAUGUGACAUACAGCCACGAAGUCUACUUUGACAGAGACUUGGUGCUACACAUAGAGCAGAAACCAAGCAGGGUGUUCAGCUGCUAUGUUUACCAAAUGGUAUGUGACCCUGGGGAAGAAGAAGAAACCACAGACAAAAGGAGUAAAACAGAUCACAAUAAUUUUAAAUUUUGAGACGUAACUUAUUAAACUUCUAGCCAACCGCCCCAGGAGCCAUGUCCAGUCCUCUUUUUUAUUAUCUGCAUAGUAUAUUCUCCAGUGUUUUCCAGAAAAGGUCUUGUGUUGACUUCAGAUGAUUGUGGCUUCUUUUUUAAACUCCGGCCGUACAAGGUGGUGAGGACUUCACUUUAUAUAAAGGUUUUUACAAUAAUAUCCCAAGAAGCCUAGCAUUUUGCAGUUUUUUAGGUGGGUAGUGAUGCAAAUAUAAAAUACUGAAAGUCAGAGAAGGAAAGUUAAUUCUAAUUAUUUGGAGGUCAUUGAUUAGGGAGUGUUUAGCAUGGUUAUUAAAGGAUGGCAUGGAAUUUUGAUUGGUGAAACUAGGAGGAAGAGACAGAAGGAUACAAAACAUAUAGAAGGAGAUCCUGUAUCCUGUCAAUCAGACUUGAAGGAUGGAAGAUGAGAUCUAUAAUAUGAAAGCAUACUUGGAAACAAAACUGUGUCAUCACGGUUUUUAAAAUAUAUAUAUGUAUGUGUGUUUUAUAUUAUAUAUAGUAGCAGAAGUUGACUUUUCCAUGGUUUUUUUCUCUUUGAUGUUCCCAUUGGUUUUUUGUAUUUCUGUUAAACUAAUAUAAAAGAUUUCAAGCAAGCUUUAAGUGAUUUUUUUUUUCUCAUACAUAGCCUGUUUAGCUGUUAAUACAUCUAAGAAUAUUGUACUCAUUUCACCAUUCUAUUUAUUUGGUGAAUCUGCCAGUUCUGCUUAGGCAAUAUUUUUAUACCUAAGCGGUAAGAUAAAGGUAUCCUCGGUUAUACCAGCUCUGCUCCCUGUGGGAAGAAUAGAUAAAGUCCCAGGAGUUCUUAUUAGCUUGGAAACUGACUGACGGCUAGAGAAAGCUUUUGGUUCUAUCUUAAUUGUGAAAUGAGUAUUUUUUUUCUUCUUUGUUAGAACUGAUGGAAAUAUGAUUCUUGAACUCAGAUAAUCAUUCUUAAGAAUAUUAAAUAAAAGCAACCCAAGUAAGGGGAGAAAAUGUUUCUUUGUGCUUCCUACUUGAGAAAUCCAGUUGCCUGCAAUCCACAUGUUUAGCACAUUCUCUGAUUCAGACUCAAAAAAAAAAAAAGUGGUAAAAAUAGAAGGGGAGAAAA